AUGCCAACAAGCAGUGAAAUAGUAACGGUUUAUUUACCAAGAUCUCAACCUGCACCAGACGGUACAGCCUCACCAUCUGUUAUCAAUCUUAAUUUGACCCAAAUACCAGCAAUUAGCUCUAGUACAAAUACCACUGUUACGACAAAAUUGCUCGCUGUUGGAGUUCCUGUACUAGUAACAUGUGCUGCAGUAAUGAUUCUCGUGGGUCUUUUAGUUUUGAAGAAAGGUGCUACAAAUGUGAAUAGCGCCACUACCUCAACCACAACAGCUACAAGUUUGACAGCUUAUUGGUCGUUUGAUGGUAGUUCUACAGACUUAUUUGGUUUAUACAAUGCUGUAAGUGUCAAUAGUCCAACCUAUGUCACUGGUUAUGUUCGUCAAGCAAUUAGAUUAAAUGGUGCUAAUCAGUACUUGAAUGCACCACACAUAGCAUUUGCGCGCGUGAGCUUUACCAUUGAGGUUUGGAUAUAUUGGACGAGUGUAUCAAACAACGACAACGCAAUUAUUGGCGAAUGUGUGUGCACCACAUCUGGUACAUGUAACAGUCAAUGUUUAUAUUUUAUUUUUCGGAAUCAAAAAAUACUCAUGGGAUUCUUUUCAAAUGAUUUGACAGGCUCAACAACUUUAAGUGGCAAUACCUGGUAUCAUAUUGCCUUUGUGUACGAUUACACAGCUGGACAACAACGAAUCUAUCUCAAUGGAAUUCAAGAUGGGUUAUUCACAACAACACCCUAUAUUGGAACAUCGGGAAAUAUCACCAUCGGUACGGAUGCCAUUAAUACUGGCUCAAACUACUUUGCUGGUUAUCUUGAUCAACUAUCAAUUACUAGUGGAGCAAAAACUGCAGUUGAUAUACUUAAUGAUGCGACUUUGUGCGCCUAUUUUUCUUUCGAUGCUGGCUCUUUACUUGACUACGGUCCAAAUGGAUUAAACGGUACAGUAAAUAGCGCUUUUUCCUUCGCCUACUGGGUAAACCCCGCCGCUGUAAGUGGAACUCUCAUUCAUGUUUCAAGUGGACCAGACGGUUUGCAGAAUUCGGUACUCGUCUGGUGCGUUCCAUUCAUGGGAUUUAAAUCCACUGGAGAAAUAAUUUGUCAAGUGUGGCCUGUCGUCUAUGCCCUUGGACCUAUUUUAACUCUAGGCGUUUGGACACACAUUGCAGAAACAUUUAGUACGGCUAAUGGUGUACGACUCUACAUUAAUGGUACACUAUAUUCGACUUCGGGUGGCGGAACUUCGUAUGCUGCAAGCGGUCAGCCAAAUUAUAUAACAGUGGCGAGUUACAGCUCGAACGGACUCGGUUGCGCUCAGGGGCAAGUCUCACCGGGGCCGUUUCAUGGCUAUAUCGAUGAAUUAAAAAUAUACAGUCGAGAGUUAAAUUCAACCGAUGUCUAUGCACUUGCUCAUCCAUAG